AUGAAGAAUCAAAAUAUAUCGGAUUCUAUCUCGGAUGACGACCAAGAUAUCAGCAUAGAACUUCAGGAUGGUUUUUUUGAUCUACUUGUCGAUAGCGAUGCCGACAAGACACCUCGCCGAGAAGAUAACGCGAAGGCGUCUAAAAGACCACGUGGGAUCGUAGAGGAUAAUGCCUCACAACGUGGCAAGGAUAAAGCAAGUGAGACUAAAGAAGAAGAAACUAGUAUAGAUGGUAAACGUGCCGGGCAGGACCCUAAGCAGCGGAGACCCAGGAACCGUAACCUGGAAGGAACCGUGGGUACACAAGAUAAAACUGCUGUCAACCUACAAAAAACAGAUAUAGAUACAACAAUUGCUCUAAAGGAGGAAAGAAAAAACAAAAGUGACCUUUGCAAACAUCUAACGUCUGAUGCAAGUUGGUCCGACUACGGAUUAUCACGAUCGCUUAUCAAGGUAACGUUAUUCUAUAGACAAUUGGCAUAUUGCUCAAAGGCGGUAUUCGAUAUGGGCUACGAAGCUCCAAGUAUCAUACAGAGCAAGGUCAUUCCAGUAGCACUUGAAGGGAAAGAUCUGCUCGCCACCGCGGAAACGGGCUCGGGGAAAAGUGCAGCUUUCCUCGUACCCACGUUGCAGAGGCUGAUAAAUGCGGGAGUUAUUAGACAAAAGGACGCACCUUAUAUACCAGGGCGUGCACAAAGGGUAGGGACCAAGGCGCUUAUACUUCUACCGACACGUGAACUUGCCGCGCAAUGCUACGACGUAUUCCUAGCACUCACACAAUACCUCAACCAAAAUGGAGUACUACUCACAGGAGGGGUACCCGUAAAGGAGCAGGAAGCUAAACUGAGAAGGAUGCCAUAUAUUGUCUUUGCCACACCAGGAAAAGUUCUAGAUAUCAUGCUCAACUCAAAUUCAAUACACAUGGAUGCAAUCGAAAUCGUAGUACUAGAUGAAGCAGACAGGUUAUUGGAUCUAGGGUUCAAGGACGAACUAGCACAAAUACUAAAACUCUGUAACAAGGAAAGACAAACCAUGUUAUUCAGUGCAACCCUUACAGAGGCAACCAAAGACAUAGUACCGGUCGCCCUCGUAAACCCUAUAUAUAUCAAGGCAGCAGCACGAAUAACAGUAGCAAAAACACUCAAGUGUGAAAUGAUACAACUGCCCAACGAUGAAUUAAGGGAAGCUGCAGCACUAUACCUAUGUUCCAAAAGGUACAGCAGCCGUACUAUACUAUUUUUCCAGACGAAACGAGCCGCCCAUAGGGCGACACUUGUCUUUCAACUUGCUGGACUGAAGUGUGGAGAACUCCACGGUGACCUAUCGCAGUCGAAGCGCUUUGAACAAGUAGAAAAGUUCAAAAAUGGAGAAGUGGACUUCCUAAUGGCCAGCGAACUAGCCUCCAGGGGAUUGGAUAUACCAGGAGUAAUGGCAGUCAUUAAUGUCCACCUACCUACCGAUACUGUUAGGUUUGUACACCGAGUAGGAAGGACCGCAAGAAUGGGUGAAAAAGGUACAGCCAUCACCUUCUAUGUUGAAAAGGAACGUUCUGCGGCCAAGAGCAUGAUCAAGAGUAUCACGGAAAAAGGAUCAAGUCUCGAGAAACAAAAAAUCAAACUCUCAACGGCAGCAUUGAAAAACUACAAACAAAAAAUUGAUGAAAUGGAACAAAAGAUUAAAGAGGUGCUCGCCGGAGAACAAGUCGAGAAGGAGAUGCGUAGGUGUGAAAACGUCAUCAAACGAGGAAGUGACCCGCAAAAAGAAGAAGAACGAGUCUGGUUUAGAUCAAAAAAGGAGAAGAAGGCUGCAUCCAAAAACGAGUUCAUACAGACCAAAAUAAAGGCAGGGUGUGACUCAGAAAGCAUCAAAACUAAUGACACACAAAUGCAACUUCAAAAGAAGAAGAGUAGCACAAAUGCAAAGAAACCGGUAAAAAAGAUGCUUAUGACAAAAACGGAUGCGCGGAACAAAAACGCGAGUGGCGGACGGAACAUGAAGUCCAAAAAGAGGUCACAACGGAGUCACACAUAA